AUGGUCCAACGCAUCCGGUUGCCUAACAAAACCCAUUAUUGUCCACGACCCGACCCGGAUGGGUCCGGGUCUGAGCUGGCGAAGGACCUUUCAUGGCCGUUCGGGAAGCUCGACGGUCUUGACAGGGAUGAUUUGCGGGAGGCUGCGUAUGAGAUUUUCUUCACGGCUUGCCGUUCGUCACCGGGGUUCGGUGGAAGGAGCGCCCUCACGUAUUAUAAUCCCUCUGAUGGAGGAGACGGAAUAGGGUUGGGUUCUCCAAUGAAGUCACCCGGUGUGGGAAUGGUGGUGAACAGCAGGGUUAAAAGGGCGUUGGGUUUGAAAAUGAUGAAGCGGUCUAAUCCUUCUUCCAGGCGGUCCAGCUCCUGUGGGUCUAACCCGAUGUCGCCGAGUGCUGCGAGCGGGACGGUAUCGAGCCCCCGCCUGGUGGCCUUCAGUACGGCGCCGCAGCCGAGGAUGAGGCGACCGAUGACGGCGGCCGAGAUCGCCAGACAACAGAUGAGGGUGACGGAGCAGAUUGACAAUAGGUUACGUAAAACUCUGAUGAGGACCCUCGUUGGCCAAAUGGGAAGGCGUGCAGAGACGAUAAUUCUUCCUCUAGAGCUACUACGCCACCUAAAACCAUCUGAAUUUAACGAUUCUCAUGAAUAUCAUUUGUGGCAGAAGCGUCAGCUUAAAAUCCUCGACGCUGGACUUCUAAUACAGCCUGCAAUUCCAAUUGACAAAUCUAACAAAUUUGCUACGAAAUUAAGAGAUAUAAUUCAGGCUUCUGAGAUGAAGGCAAUAGACACAGGAAAGAAUUCAGAAACCAUGAAAUCGCUAUGCAAUUGUGUUAUGUCCUUAGCUUGGAGAAGCCCUGACGGCUCCCCUACAGAUGUGUGCCAUUGGGCCGAUGGCUACCCUCUAAAUGUUCAUGUCUAUAUUGCCCUCCUUUACUCGAUUUUCGACAUAAAGGAUGAAACAUUAGUCGUUGAUGAAGUCGAUGAAUUGCUUGAGCUUAUGAAGAAAACAUGGUCUACAUUGGGAAUCAAUAGAUCAAUACAUAAUUUGUGUUUCACUUGGGUGUUGUUUGAGCAAUAUAUCAUGACAGAACAGAUGGAGUCAGAUCUACUAAGUGCAUCCCUUGCUAUGUUAACAGAAGUAGCAAAUGAUGCUAAGAAAGUUGACAGAGAACCUAUGUAUGUGAAAAUGUUGGCUUCUGUAUUGACUGAAAUGAAGAGGUGGUUGGAGCAGAGAUUGCUGGAUUACCAUGGAAAUUUUGAAAGAGGAUCAGUCGGGAUAAUGGAAAACAUUCUUCCCUUAGUUUUCUUGGCUACCAAGAUUUUAGAAGAUGUCCCUGGAUAUAUUUCAGAAGCACAACUAGAAAAGGGAGAAGUGACUAAGGACUCGGAUGGAAAUAGGAUAGAUCGCUAUAUCCGAUCUUCGUUGAGGAAUGCAUUUGCCAAGAUGCUUGAUGAGCAGUGUGUGAAUUAUGAAGCUCUCGAAGCACAAGAAGUGUGCCAGGUUCUCAUUAAUUUAGCUAACAAAACCGAAGAAUUGGCUGUAAAGGAAAAGGAAAUAUUCAGUCAUGUUCUCAAGAAAUGGCACCCUAUUGCAGCUGGAGUUGCUGCAGUGACUCUGCACUCUUGCUAUGGAACUUUGUUGAAGCAGUAUCUAACUGGGACACCCUUGCUCACGAACGAAACAAUCUCGAUAUUGCAGAGAGCAGGGAGGCUCGAGAAGUUGUUGAUUCAGAUGGUGGUUGAGGACUCGGGGGAAUGUGAAGAUGGAGGGAAAGCUAUUGUAAGAGAGAUGGUUCCUUAUGAAGUAGAUUCAAUCCUUUUACGGUUAAUGAAACACUGGAUUCAUGAAAGGUCGAAGAAAGGAAAGGAGUUUUUCCAGAGAUCAAAAGACACAGAAACAUGGAAUCCGAAGUCCAAAACCGAGCCAUAUGCACAUUCAGCAGUAGACCUGAUCAAAUUUUCCAAGGAAACAGUGGAGAACUUCUUCGAAAUUCCAGUUAACAAAUCAGAAAAUUUAAUUUUUGAUCUUGCUGAUGGCUUGGAGCAUAUCUUCAAAGAAUACAUUACAUUUGUCGCAUCAUGUGGAUCAAAGCAGAGUUAUCUCCCUACACUUCCUCCUCUAACACGAUGUAGUCAGAACUCGAAAUUCAUCAAACUGUGGAAAAGAGCAGCAUGCAGUGUUGGAGUAGAAGAUCCGAACCAAAACAAUACAGAUGAUGGAAAUCACCCACGCCCUUCAACUAGCCGUGGAACACAACGCCUUUACAUUCGGCUUAACACCUUACAUUACCUUCAGUCUCAGCUCCACUCACUCGACAAAACAUUAUCCCUCUCCUCGAAGGUCACUCCAUCACCCCAAAACCAGCUAAAUAACAGAAGUAGACAACUUAGCCGUUCCUAUUUUGAACAUAGCCGAUCAUCUAUACAAGUAUCCUUUCAGCAUGUGUCAGAAGUUGCUGCCUAUCGUUUAAUAUUCCUCGACUCAAACUCUGUCUUCUUUGGAAGUCUAUUUGUUGGUGAUGUAACAAACUCACGCAUUAGGCCAGCAUUAAGAAUACUCAAGCAGAAUCUUACUCUUUUGUGUGCAAUAGUUACUGAUCGUGCUCAACCACUCGCACUAAAAGAAGUAAUGAAGGCAUCUUUUGAGGCCUACCUUAUGGUUUUGCUAGCAGGGGGAAGCUCUAGAAUCUUUUCAAUGUUUGAUCACCCAAUGAUCGAGGAAGACUUUGAUCAUUUGAAACGCGUGUUUUAUACGUGUGGAGAAACUUUGAUAGUCGAGGAUGUGGUGGAAAGGGAGGCUGAGACGGUGGAAGGUGUCAUAGCAUUGAUGGGCCAGUCGACUGAGCAAUUAAUCGAAGAUUUCAGCAUUGUGGCUUGUGAAGCCAGUGGAAUAGGUGUUGUUGGUGUAGGGCAGAAGCUGCCUAUGCCUCCGACUACUGGAAAAUGGAAUCAAUCAGAUCCUAAUACGAUACUGAGGAUUCUUUGCUAUAGGAAUGAUCGAGCUGCUAAUCAUUUCUUGAAGAGAACAUUCCAAUUAGCAAAGAGAAGGGGGUGA